GCUAAUGUAGCCAUAUUCCAUUGAUCUCACUUUCUCUGGCAUCUUCGUUGCCGUCUACGUCUCUCUCUCUCUCUCUUUCUUUACCUCUCUUGCCUUUCACACAGACGCAUAUAUACCCACACAGGUCAUGUGUGUGUAUUUUUUGGAGGUUUUUCAAGUUCCCACCAUAAACGCAUAGGGAAGUAGGAAAUGGAGGAUAUGUAUCAAAUGUUCUUUCCAUGUUCAUCAUCGGUGACCAAGGUUGACAACUCUGCACACCACAAGAUCAACACUAAUGAAGAAGACAAACCCAAGAGUAAGAUGAAAAAAGAGAGAGAACCUAAGUUUUCCUUUCAGACAAGAAGCCAGGUUGAUAUUCUCGAUGAUGGAUACAGGUGGAGGAAGUACGGCCAAAAAGCUGUCAAGAACAAUAUAUUUCCCAGGAGUUACUAUAAGUGCACACACGAAGGAUGCAGAGUGAAGAAGCAAGUGCAGAGGUUAUUAGGAGACGAAGGAGUGGUGGUUACCACUUACCAAGGUGUUCAUACCCAUCCUGUUGAUAAACCCUCUGAUAAUUUCCACCACAUCUUGACCCAAAUGCACAUCUCCCCUUCCUUUUAGUUACUUUUGCUCUUUUGCAUUUCUUAUAUAAUACUACCGCAUAAAUCUUCGGUCCAUAUAGGUUUAGUAGGGGUUUAUGAAUGAUGAAUUAGUAGAGGAACGGCAUGUAAUAAUCAAAAAUGUUGGGAAAGAAUGCUAAUCUCAAGUCUUGAGACCA